AUGGCGCCGACGACGAUACAUGUAAAGGCGACGAGCGGCAGCAAGAUCACCGUCUCGGUCGAGCUGAGCACCACGGUCGGCGAGCUCAAGACGACGCUGGAGGCCGCGGACAAGGCCGACACGCCCUCCGCGCAGCAGAGGCUCAUCUACAAGGGGCACGUGCUCAAGGACGAGAAGACGCUCGAGUCGUACGGCGUUGGCGAGGAUCACGUGAUCCAUCUCGUGAAGGGACCCGCGCCGGGCGGCGCCGCGCCCGCGCCCGCCCAGACGGCGACGCAACCCCCCCCCAACACGAGCCCGCUUCCCAAUCCAUGGGCGCCCACCGCGGGCUCCGGCGCCGGAUCCGCCUCCGCCCCACCCCCCGCGGGUCUCCCCGGCCUCGGCGGCAUGCCGAUGGGUAUGGGCGGGAUGGGGAACAUGACCCCGGACCAGAUGAUGUCCCAGAUGGAGUCCAUCCUGUCCAAUCCCGCGAUGGCCAACAUGAUGCAGAGCAUGAUGUCCAACCCGGCGGUGAUGCAGCAGAUGAUCGACUCGGAUCCGCGGAUGCGCGCGAUGCUGGACGCGGCGCCCGGGAUGCGAGAGCAGCUCACCAACCCCGAGUUUCUCCGGCAGAUGACCAACCCCGACAACCUCCGCGCGAUGAUGCAGAUGCAGCGCGCGAUGACGCAGCUCCAGGGCAACGGCGUGAUGCCCGGCAUGGGAAUGCCCGGGGCGGGCGGCGGCGGUGCCGGCGCGGCGAAUCCCUUUGCGGCGCUCAUGGGGGGCGCGCAGAAUCCGGUUGCGGACGCGAGGCCGCCGGAGGAGGCGUACGCGUCGCAGCUGCAGCAACUCAAGGAUAUGGGCUUUUUCGACGAGGCGCAAAACAUCAGGGCUCUGCAGGCGACGUUCGGAAACGUGAGCGCCGCCAUCGAGCGCCUCCUGCAAUGACGACGCGCGCGCGGUGUCUCUAAUAACACGCGAGCGACGAACGCGUAUUUCUAAAAACUCUCAACCCGAAUCACGCGCGCUUGUGAUUGUACAUGUACCGCCUCAGCCUGGCAGCCUCCACCACCGUCCCGCGCUCCAGGCUCUGGUACACGUGCCAGCACACUACCGGCGCGACGACGCACGCGACGGGCAGCCACGUCAUCCGAUACGCGUCAAAGUCGACCCGCGCCUCGUCGUCGCCGCUCCCGCCCGGCCCCGGAUGAAUGCGCAACGAGCGGGCCCUCGCGAUGGUCCACGCCCACCCGACGCACGCCCCCGCGCCCAGCGCCGUCGACACCGCGAACGCGAGGGUUCUCACGCGUCGGCUCCAUCCGGGAAUCGACGCGAGGCAGUCGUCGUCGCCGGCGUCGAGUCGAGCUCGAGCGCCCCGCGCGGGGGCGACGGCGGCGACGCCCGCGCCGACGGCGGACACAGCUGUGCAGAGGUCCAGGAGCGUCAACGACGCGGUGGACAUGGUGGGCGGAUCGUGGUGGUAAAACUCCGCGUGUAUCGCCUGCGAUUUGGGGCGACGCGGGGGCGUCGCGGUGAGUGAAAGGGCGGCGACGAGGACGGAGGACGGAGGACGAGGACGAGGACGAGGACGAGGAUGGGCGGGUGGAAAGUGCGCGAAGAGUCGGAGGGCGCGUCGCGAAGGAGGUCGACGGUGACGCGACGGCGGUACGUACCCCGGACCACGCGAUCGUGACGUCCCCGCUCGCCGCGUGCGCCGCGGAGUUCACGAAGUACAUCCCCCACGCG